AUGGCCAAUGACUGUAGCCUCAGCUCAUACUGGCAGUUCUGGGGCGACUGCGAAUGCAGUUGUCCUCAGUCCAACCCAGAUAUUGCUGGCAUCGGGCAGGUCAUAAGCUCAUUCAUCACAUCGUCCUCUCUGGCAAUCAUUGCUACGUGCCUUUACCUGAUCCUUAUUCGUUCUGGCCUCGAGCCCGAGGAUAGCUUUAACCCCAUCGAUGGCUGGAUGAGAAGGAACAUCUGUGAUCCCUGGGUCCGCUUUGUCACCAAGGUGCCAUUCAUCGAGUCCCGUAUCGACAAGAUCGAAUCUACUCUCUUCUCAUUUCUCCUCUCCCUCGCGGAUAUGCAACUGGUGACGGGGAUUGCCAUGCUUAGCGCCGCCGUGAUUAAGUUACAAGAUAAAAACGACGGAAUUAGCGCCUACCAUUUUAGUAUGGUGAUCAACUUGGCCUGGUUCAGCAGUAUGGUGCAUCAGCUUACUCUCCUGGCCAUCCGGACCAAGGUCGUCGGGAGUAUGAAAACGCAGCAUCGUGGUGUGUGGCCCGACCGCAAGAAUUCAUCUCGCUCCAGGAGAGCCAGAGCCGCCAUCGGCUGGGGAGGAGAUCUCAUGGUCCGAGUCACAAGCAUGCUCAUAUUGGCAUCUUUGCUUCUUUACUGCUCUUAUGUGUCUGGAGCUAAGGAUUGGUAUACCUACUCCUACUGCUCUGCCAGCUGUGCCCUUGGGAAAGAGAGGGGAGGCGAACCGCUGUGGUGGACGGGGUUCAAUUUCUGCAUGGUCUUGUUUGAGUACCCAAGACGAUGUCUAUUACUUUGGCCAGCGCUGGGCCACUGGUGGAUUGAUCAUGCGAGACACCUUGUUCUUGACGACAAAGGCCGUGAAGGAUCACCCAAGGGCGACGCAUUGCCACUCUGGAGACGGAUAAUUGUUUGGCUAUACUAUAUCGGGUCAUCCGAAACUAUCGACGCUAUUUCUACCUCGUGUAUCUGGUUUGGACUGGGCCUGUAUUGGACUUUUGACGAAAGAAAGAGAUUCCACGAGUCAUGGAGAGCGCUCACCGACAUCGUCAACGAAGACGACGUCAAAGGAUUCGGACAGCUGAUGCCUAUUUUGCUGUUGGGGAUGCCAUUUCUUCAGGGGCUACAGACGUACUCCGGUAAGUCGCCCAUCCUUUGA